UCAUCACCUUUAUCAUCCGCCCCCUCGCCCGCCAUGUCUUUGCUGCUGCUCACGAUGCUGUCUUCGCUGCUGGCCCACGGCGCCCAGGCUUGGAGCUCCAGCGUCAAGUACGCCGUCAACUGUCCGGACAGGUGCGACGUGGAGCGUUGCGGUCCCACGGUCGGCUGCGCGCGCACAGUGAUGGACGACUGCGGCUGCUGCCAGGUGUGCGCGGCCGGCAGAGGGGAGCACUGUUACCGCACUGUGUCUGGCAUGCACGGCGUCAAGUGCGGACCGGGCCUCUUUUGCGAGUUCUAUAAAGACGAGGAUGACUACGGGGAUGAAUAUGGCGUUUGCAAAGACUGCAGCUUUGGCACCUAUGGCAUGGAGUGCCGCAAGACGUGCAGCUGCAAAGGUGGCCUGUGUGACAGGGAGACAGGCGCUUGUCUCACCCUUCAAUUCUUCACCAAACUGGCCAGUCAUCUCAAGACAGACCCUCAAAGUGAAGAGGAAGGCUCUGGAGAAGUUCAGGAUUCGGCAGCAAAUAUAUCCAAUGCACCCAGGCAGCUUAAUCCUCGCUGA